AUGGCGAAAGGUCGUCUUUCUGGCUCUGACUCGUCGGAUAGUGAUGACGAAGUGAAGUGGCUACAAUCACGUCACAAGCACAGGAAGACCUCGGUUCCAAGCGAUGAGACAACACGUGAUUCAAAGUCAGGUGGAAUUGAGGAGGGUGAAGUAUCUAGUGAUGACCUCGAUGAAGACGAAGAUGAUGGCCUGGAUGACAACUUAAUCGGUGGGAAGAUGAUAAGCGUCGACAGCGAUGAGGCAGAAAAUAGUGAUUCAAGUGGUCUUGGGCCAAAAGGCCUUAGACAACGUAAGAUUGCCCUGGAGAAAAAGAAGGUGGCUCACAGGGAUAAAUUUCAGGAACUCAUCGAGCGUCGCAAACAACAGGCUGCUAAAAAGCGUCGAACUCAUACAUCAGACGAAGUGGAUAUAUCCGCCCAAAAUAGUUCUGGGAGUUCGUCAGAUAGUGAUGAUAAUAGUCCAAAGCCACGUGGCAAAAUUCAGGAGAAACAUCAGUCCAUGUCUCAGCGUGUCUUUUCCUCAGAAGCAUCAGACUCUUCUGAUUCAAGUCGACCUGGUUCGCGUCCUGUAGCUCGACGUUCAAGUUUUUCCAGUUUGUCAGGUUCACAGCGAUCUGGUUCUUCAAGUGAAGAUGACGCUAGAGGCAGAAGUCGUUCACCUGAAGAGGAACUAUGGGUUCACAUGCCGUUUUUCGAUAACUUGAUAAAAGGAUGUUUUGUACGUAUCAACAUAGGAUUACAUCAAGGUGUGCCGAUUUAUCGUUGUGCUGAAAUUGUGGAUGUCGUGGAAACUCCUAAAAUAUACGAUCUUGGUGACACUCGAACUAAUAAAGGAAUUGUAGUCCGUGUUGGAAAAGACCAAAGUACAUUUCGUUUGGCGUUCAUUUCAAACUCUGAUUUUCAGCAAGAUGAAUUCGACAGCUGGAUGCGGCGAAUACAUCUUGCGAACAUGAAACCUCCGACUUUGAAUUUUGUCCGAGAUAAAGCUGCUGAAAUUACUGAAGCAAUAAAUCGUCCUAUUCGAGAUGAACGCGUGGUUGAACAGAUCAUACAAUCCAAACGUCGUUUUCAGAAGGCUCCAACAAAUUUUGCUUUACGCAAAGCGGAAUUGAUCAAACAACGAGAGCAAGCAGAAACAGAUGGAGAUACAGAAUUAUUGAAACAUUUAGAUAGUGAAAUAGAAGAAAUUGAAUCUCAAGCUGAACGAAUUGAGAGACGUCGAACUUUAGGUUUUAAAUCAAUUACAUCUAUAAAUCAACGUAAUCGUGCACUUAGUGUACAACAAGCUGAAGAAGCUAUUCGCAAAGAAAGUGAAGAAGCAUUGAAUUCCAAGGAAGAAGAUCCAUUUACGCGUGUUCAUUCUCAACCGGUAAUUGUCACAAAGAAAUAUUUGGAAAAACUUACGUCAUAAAAGAGUAAGAAUUGUAUGAAUUAAGUUUUUUGGGUGCUAAUGUUUUAAUAUCGAAGCUAUCCUAGAUCUGUUCAUAUGUUUUUUUUAAAGAAAAUUUCUGUCAGUACAGCGCAUUUCAUCUAACAUUGUGUCUAAUUUAGUACGUUAUUCAUCUAACAAUUACAUUCUCUUAUCUCUUAAUUGUUCGAUUCAUGAAUAAACUAUUAUGCAAUCAAGCAACAGAAUAUUAAUGGUUUUCAUUUGUUGAAAAAGAGUAACAUGUAUGGUUUUUGUGUAACAUUUAAAGGAAGAAUUAUUUUCAAAUAGUGAAAAGAAUUUGGUAACCUUUUUCCAUGGUUUAUCUAUGUGUAUUAAAUUAUGGAAAUAGUUUUAAGGAAACUAAAAUGUAUUUUAUUAUUCAAUUAUUU